AUGUCUUCAACAAACUCUAGCUCACUGAAGCAAUACCUCGAAGCCGGAAAUUUCCUUGCUCACCAACAGUGCACUUUCCGACAAGGUUUCGAAACGUCCAUCCAUUUUAGAACCCUAGGGGAAGCUCUCAAGAACGCCUACGACAGCGGUCUGCACACCGAGUUAUUAUCACUCGACAAGCAACUAAUCGACUGGAGUCUUAACGGACCCAUUGUUCACUUCAUCCAGGAAUACUUGUCCAGAGUUGCAGUCGGCAACACCAAAUCCCUGCUCUCCCUCGAGGAAACGGGUGUCCCACAAGGAUCGGUUAUCACCGUUACCCUGUUUCUCGUGGCGAUGAACGGAGUCUUCCCGUCAACUACCGAUAUCCUCAUCGUCAUCACUGGACCCACGCCAGUACGUACAAGAGGCAGUCUCCGCCGUCGCCAGGUGGGCCCACUUAGUAGGCUUCGAAUUGUCUGCCUCUAA